CCGACGCGAAAGGGGAGGGCGGAAACCAGCCUUCCUCCCGGAAGUGUGUGCGGUUUCUAAGGGGGCGCAGGAAGCGGACCCGGGUGAGAACAGGUGCGGCGGGGGGUCUUCGUCCCGGGUGGCGGGCAAGUUAAAAAAAAGCGGCCAUGUCGGCCUUCGACGCGAACCCCUUCGCGGAUCCCGUGGAGGUCAAUCCCUUCCAGGAUCCUUCGGUCACUCAGCUGGCCAAUGCGAACCAAGGUACCCUGGAUGAAUUCAAUCCCUUCUCGGAGAAUUCUCGGCAAACAAAUGCAGCUCAGACCAUCCCAACAACACAGCCUGCUGGCGCCUCUCAACCUGCGGUGCUACAGACUUCUGUGGAGCCCACCCCACAGUCUGUGGCCUCAGCAGCACAGGCUGGGCUCCUGAAACAGCAAGAAGAAUUAGAAAGGAAAGCUGCGGAGCUGGACAGAAAGGAGCGCGAACUGCAGAACAGCGCAGCCGGCUUUAACCCAAAACAGAACAACUGGCCCCCGCUUCCGAAGAUCUGCCCCAUUAAGCCUUGCUUCUAUCAAGAUUUCUCCGCGGAGAUCCCAGCUGACUAUCAGCACAUUUGCAAAAUGAUGUAUUACCUGUGGAUGUUUCACUCGGUCACCCUGCUGUUAAACGUCCUCGCCUGCCUGGCGGUGUUCACGGUGGAGCCCACCACCACGGGAUCGGAUUUCGGCCUCUCCAUCUUGUGGCUCGUCUUGUUCACCCCUUGCGCUUUCCUGUGUUGGUACCGGCCAGUUUACAAGGCUUUCAGGUCUGACAGCUCCUUCAGUUUCUUUGUCUUCUUCUUCAUCUUCUUCUGCCAGAUAAUUGCACACAUCGUCCAGGCUGUCGGUAUCCCUAAUUGGGGGAGCAGAUCCAAGCUGAAGCACCUCUAACUCCAUGCUUCCUGCCCUCAAUCUUCGCCCAAAAGGCCUGUAUUUCUUCUAACCUUUUCGAACGCAUCCGGCCCCCCGUGCUUGUACUCACCUCCUCCCGCCACCUUGCAUGUUUUCUGAUCCGUGAAUGGUGUGCACGCUACUCACUCUCCUCCUCCUCUCCUUCCCCCUCUCUCUCCCUCUCCCUUUCUCUUUCUUUCUCCCUCUCCUUUUCUCCCCUUCUCCCCCCUCUCUUCCUCUUUCCCUCUCUCUUCUCCUCUCUCCCUCCCUCUUCCCUCUCUCCCUCUUUCUCUCCCCCUCCCUCUCUCCCCUUCUCCCUCUCUCCCCUGUCCCUCUUCCCUCUCGCUCUCUCUUUCUCUCUCUCCCCUUCUCCCUCUCUCCCCUGUCCCUCCCUCUUCCCUCUCUCCCUCUCCCUCACUCUUUCCCUCCCUCCCUCUCUUUCUCUCCCCCCUCUCCCUUUCUCCCUCUCUCGGCUUCUCUUCCUCUCCCUCCCUCUCCAUCCCCUUCUCCCACUCUCUCAUUCUCUCUCACUCCCUCCCCUCCCUCUUUCUCUCCCCCUUCUCUUUCCCUCUACCUCUAUCCUCCUUUGCUCCUUUCUCGCUCUCCCCACUCCCUCUCUCUUCCCCUCCCCCUCUCCCCCACUCCCUCAUUCUUUUUCCAUCCCUAGCCGUGUUUUCCGUUCUCACUCACUUUAAGGCAUUCUGGACUUAGCAGUCCUCAACCAUCAUCCCUGUCACCCUCCACCUUCUCCUUCCUCAAGAAAACCGAGUCAAAUCUGGGGCAGAAGAUAGUUUGUACGCCCUGAAAUCAUUUGACUUGAAGAAGUCAACCAGGGAGGGAGAGAACGACGGAGAGGCCCCAAGCCAUUCAGAUUGCACGCAAUGUGAACUUUGCAAAUUGAAUUGGUUGUAUAGGUGCUCGGUUCUGGCUUCCAUCAGGAGGCAACCCAGGGCCCCUCCCUCUCCAUAAAAGUCCUUAGACUAUCUUUACAGAUAGUUGCUGAUUGUGCAAGGAGGCUUUUGUCCAGAACUGACAGCUCGUCUUGUAUUUCUGGAUCUUGGGUGUGUCAGUGACACGUGCAAAAUUUACCAGCGGUGUCUGCAGACUUCAUGUCACCGCAGUUUAUGGGCCAGGAAACCCAACUCUGUCUGUGAACCAAGUUGGAUAUAUUCAGCUUGAUAGGCAGUUUUAUUUUAAAUUUAUUACAUUUAUUUCCUGUAUCAAUUAGCAAAGCAUCCUGGACUAAAAAAAAAAAAGCAGAAACCCUCUUCCCUAAUUAUCCAAUUAUGGACAGUCUGAGACUUGGAGUUUGGUUAUUCCUGGCUGUCUCGAAGGUGCUUUUUUCCAAAGGCAACUGGGCUUUUCUUGCUUUUUCCUUGGAGGAUGUUUCGCUUCUCAUCCGUGAACCUGCCAGAAGUGACGAAGCUUCUGGGACGAGAAGGAAAAACCAAGAAUAGUCCAGUCGCCCUUUUGAAAAAAGCACUUUUGAGACAACUGUGACCUGGAUGACUGAGGAUCUCCCAUAGACAGAAUAACUAGAGUUGGAAGAGACUUCGGAGGUCUUCUAGUCCAACCCCCUGCUCAGGCAUACCAUUGCCCAUACCAUUCCAGACCAAGAGCCCUGGUAGUGCAGCAGACUAAAGCACUGUUAUUAACAUCAGCUGCCUGCAAUUACUGUGAGUUCAAAUCUCAGCCUUCCAUCCUUUCUAAGAUAGGUAAAAUGAGGACCCGGAUUGUGGGGCCAAUAAGCUGACUUUGUAUAAAAAAGAACACCGCUUUGUGGGGGGGCCCGAAAGCCCUACUAAGCAGCUAUAUACAAAAGUAUGAAGGCUAUUGCUUAACGCAUUGUAAGCCGCCCUGAGUCUUCGGAGAAGGGCGGCAUAUAAAUCAAAUUUUAAAAAAAAAUGGUUGUCCAGUCUCUUCUCAAGCACCUUCGGUAUUGGAGCAUUCACAAUUUCUAGACAUUUAUUCCUAGCUAUUACCUGUGAAAGCAUGACACUUUUUAGGCCAAACAGGCCUCUCUAUAAAGAAAAUUCUGCAGCACAAGAGAUAUUUGUUCGUUUUUUUCAGGUAGCCUCUUAGAGGAAACUGUAAGGGGCUUUGAUACCUCUGGCCUCCAGUCUCUGCAGUCUUGGCAGCAGAGUCGGACAGUGAGGAGGUUGGGGAGGAACCUGGGCCAGUCCUGGGGGUUGGGGAAAGCUCGGAUGAGAGCUCUGCAUCGGAGGCAGAGAGGGAGAUAGACAGCAGUGAGGCAGAGGAGCAGCUGGAGCCCGUUCCCAAUGUGCGCAUACGCAGAGCUGCCAGAAGACAAGAACAACUCAGAAAGCAGGGUCGACUCAGGAGUAAAGCCAUACCUUGGAGGUGAUCGGCCCCUCCGAUAGGAAAUAAAAGAGCAGCAUAGAGAGAGUGGGCUUUUGCAGGAAACAAUUCGUUCGUUCCGUGACUCUGAGAGACUCUGUGCCAAGUUUGCCCUUGUACUGCGGUUGGAAACAAGUUACGUGGCAGCUUGCCAAGCGAGAUAAGAUCUGUGUUGAUAAAUAUUCCUUUGCAAAACUGUCCAGACAAACCUUGCUGACUGUGAAUGAACGUCAUCCACAGUCGUGUAAAUCAAAGAGAUUUUGCCGGCACCAGUUCCUGCCUCCUGCUUGUUUAAGGGAACCUCGGUCAGAACAAGAGGUUCAAGACGUCAAGUCUCUUGAUUCUCCAUUCCCAGCGGAAUCUGAAUUUCUACUCAUUCAAUAUUCCCCCCCUCUUCCU